UUUGUUGGGUUUCCAUUUUCCAUCAUUGAAUGAACCCAAAAACACUCAUCAAUAAUAAAAUCUCUAAUCAGGGAUUUUUCAAUUACCCCACAUUUCUCUCUUUCAUUCUCCUCGUUAAUGAUCACUCGAGGAAACAAAAAGCCCUCUUUAAUUUAAAAUCACCAGAAUAAUUUACUAACAAAUCUCUUGAUCCUAGAUCUCUCUCACCUGCUACUACUACAUACACACUACCCUUAUUUUCUCAGUAUUUCUGGGCUACUUCUUUUCUCUGCAUUUACAGCUCUUAUUGCAUCUGGGUUUUUUAGGCGAGUUUCAGGAACUAUUUGAUUUAAAUUCUUCCCAAGUGAUUGAUGGUGUUAGCUGAAGGAGGUGCCAUUGUUUGUUAAUCUGCUAUUUUUGGGAUAUUGAUGUUGAAAUUGGUGGUUAAUUGAUAACCUGGGUUGUGUUUGGAUUGAUCUUUUUGGGUUACAGUAAGCUUUUAGGUCAUCUGUAACCAAAUCUAGAGUUCUAGAAUUGUAUUCUAGAUGAGUUGUUAUUGCUAAAAUUGGCAAAUACAACUAUCAUUAACAUUUUUAUCUUUGGUGCAAAAACAAUCAAGAGGUGGAAUCUAUAAAUGGUCGAUUUCGAUUAGAGGAGGAAUAAGAAUGGCUUUAGGUUCCUCGAAAGACUAUGCUUCUACAUCUAAUUAUCCAAGAGCACUGUCUUCCAUAAUAAUCUCAGUUGGACUACUAGCUGUUUUCAUUACUUUUGCUUCUUGGAUCUUAUUGUCGUACCCAAUUGGCACUGUUGUUCAGAGCUAUUUUUAUGGGGUUGAUCAGACAAGCGAUUUGGAUUUGACGGUGUCUGUGGAAGGUGUGAAUGGGACUCAAGUUCAUGGUGAGGGGAGGUCAGGUUUUAGUGAUACAGAGUUGCCGAAGUCUGAGGGUACUACAGGAGUAAGUCGAAAUCAAGAUGCUGAAGGUAGCCAGAAACAGGAUGUUCAAGAUACUGAAGGUAGCCAGAAACAGGAUGUUCAAGAUACUGAAGGUAGCCAGAAACAGGAUGUUCAAGAUACUGAAGGUAGCCAGAAACAGGAUGUUUUUAAGUCUAUUGCUAAUGAUACAAUGCCUACGGAACACGCCACUGAGAACCCUUUACCAACGGAAAAUAAAGAUUCAACAAAAUCCGACUUGGACAAUACUACCUCAGCUGAUUUGCCUAAACUAGAGCCGUCACUUGUUAAUGUCGACACCAAAGCUUCAGUUAAUGCAGAAUGUGAUCUGUAUCAUGGUGAAUGGUUCUAUGAUCCCGCUGGGCCAGUGUACACAAACAAUUCAUGCCCUGUUAUUACUCAAAUGCAAAAUUGCCAAGGCAAUGGUAGGCCUGACAAGGAAUAUGAGAAUUGGAGAUGGAGGCCAGCUCAGUGUGAACUUCCAAGGUUCAAUGGCACCAAAUUUUUGGAGUUGAUGAGGGGAAAGACUCUGGCUUUUGUUGGUGAUUCAGUUGCAAGAAACCAGAUGGAGUCUCUGCUGUGCUUACUGUGGCAGGUUGAAGUUCCCAAAAAUCGAGGGAAUCGUCAUAUGCAACGCUGGUUUUUCAGAUCAAAGUCUGUUAUGAUAACUCGGAUUUGGUCCUCGUGGCUUGUCCAUCAAACAUCAGAAGCCUUCGGUGAGAUCCGAGAGGGGGUUGCCAAGCUUCACCUUGAUGUCUCAGAUGAAAUUUUCAUGCAAUACGUCCCGACCUUUGACGUGGUUGUUCUUUCUUCUGGUCAUUGGUUUGCUAAGCAAUCUAUCUACAUGUUGAAUAAUGAAAUAGUAGGAACUCAGUUAUGGCCCCCACCAAAGAGGCAGCCGAUGAAGAUAAAUAACAUUGAAGCAUUUGGAAUUUCUGUUGAAACAAGCUUGACUGCCAUGGUUACGCAUCCCAAUUUUACUGGACUAACCAUUCUUCGGGCUUACUCACCAGAUCAUUAUGAGGGUGGUGCAUGGAACUCUGGUGGAUCAUGCACGGGAAAAGUGGGCCCUAUCUUGCCUGGUCAGUUGCUGAAAAACGCAUAUACGAAUACCAUGUACGAGAAACAGGUGAGAGGUUUCCACCGGGCUGUUAAGAAGCAGGUAAACCGGUCGAAAUUGAAGUUGAUGGACAUCACUGAGCCCUUUUCAUAUCGACACGAUGGUCAUCCGGGUCCAUACAGGAGUCCCGACCCUAAUAAAAUUACAAAGCGGGGACCAGACGGGAAGCCACCACCACAAGAUUGCCUGCAUUGGUGUAUGCCGGGUCCAGUUGAUACCUGGAACGAGCUCGUGCUUGAAAUUAUAAGACGAGAGUUUGAGGGUAACCAAAACGCUUCCGUUUAACUGAAACAGGUUUCAGUAGCUAGGUUAGCCUCUCAUACUUUGCUAUUCUGACGAUUAGAAAUACUUGUAAAGUAUUGUUGUCAUAGGAGAAGGCAAGGCCUAAUUUCCCCCUUUUUGGGAUCUUAUUUGGCCUGAUUACUUAGUAGAGGAGAUGUUUCUUGUCAGCGGGGUCAGUUUUUUUAAUGUGAAAUACUUGUUUGCCAACCAUUGAAUUGUCAAUUUUCUAACACCAGGAAGGUUCUUGUAGAUGAUUGGUGUUCUAUAAUAGUUCUUCAUUUAAUUAUUUGGUUA